AGCGAAACUACGUUUCCCACAAUUCAUCGCGUCAGAGUUGUGUAACUUUCGGAACGUCUUCCAGGAGAAACUCUGCGGCCCAGACCACUUGUCAGAAACAUCAACCAAAUCGAGUCUGAAUGACACAAAAUCACACGGAGUUGUCUAUAAUCGUCCGUAACGAGAAAAUCGCCGACCGUAAACGUUCAGAGAGUGGCUUUACAAAAACACCAGGGUGGAUUUGAGAACGCAAGAUCGCGAGGGCCUAUCCAAUAUGUCCUCUUCCUCGCAGGCAUCUUCCAGGCGGCAAUGGUGCUACCUCUGCGAUCUGCCAAAGAUGCCUUGGGCUAUGAUCUGGGACUUUAGCGAAGCGGUGUGCAGAGGAUGUGUAAACUACGAGGGAGCGGACAGAAUAGAGCUGCUCAUUGACACAGCCCGACAGCUCAAGAGAACCCAUGUGAUGCAGGACGGCAGAUCUCCGGGUCCACAGCCCGGCGCUAAACACGGUCCCGGCGGUAAGGAGGGUCCUAUGGAGGCCGGCAGACCCCCCUCCGAGCGAUAUGAUAGAGGCAGGGGAGAGUAUGUGUCCGCACGGUUGCCCAACGGGCUGCCUAGAUUGGAAGAUGGUGGUCCGCCUGAAGUAAGCAGACAGAGUCCUAACGCCAGAAGGACUAUGAUGAGUGCUGCACCACCCAAUUUAAUGGCCCAGGGGCUCAUUGGAGCCCCACAUGGCCUGCUGGCUGCAAUGCCUGGUUUAAAUGCCAGAGGUGGCAGUGCCCCCUUGACCAUUUCUGCUCCUAUGUUAAAUGAGCUCAGUAAAAGGCAGGCCAUGGGAAUGGGGAUGAGCGUGGGUGUGGCACCAUUUAUAAACCCUGAGUUUGAGAAGGAGCUAAAAGAGAAACAGAGAAACGUUGAGGUGCUCGGCGAGCUUUCGGAAAGCGUGAGGAACCGUGCGGAUGACUGGGCCGGACGCCCUAAAGGUGUCCGCGAAGCUUUGCACACCCUCUCUGGUUGCACCCCUUUUAACGUUCGUUUUAAAAAGGACCACGGUUUGGUGGGGAGAGUGUUCGCGUUCGAUGCCAAGCUGGUGGUUGAAUUUGAGCUAAAAGUGUUCAUCGAAUACCCGUGUGGAUCUAGCACUGUGUUCUCCAGCGUAUUAGCUUUAGUCAAGCAGAUGUUCCACGACUCUCAGAAAGAUACCGGCAAGGUCAUCAAUUCGGGCUACAAAUAUGUGGAGUAUGAGAAAAGGCACGGCACCGGUGACUGGCGCCUUCUCUCCGAGCUUUUCAGUGAUGCAGUACGAGCUUUCAAAGAUGUGCCGUCCCCGGAUGCCCUUCCGCAACCGUACCUGGAUGCCAGCUGCUCCAUGCUACCCACCGCGCUAUGCCACAUAGGCCGCCCUCUGCCGCCCAGACCACGCAGACGUAAACCUUCACCUGAGCCAGACGCCGCAGAGAGGAUGGCCGCUGAACACUGGCCUUUAGCUGCGUACCCUGGCAUGGCAGCCCACAUGCCCGCCACCUCACUUGCUGGUGGAGGACAGCCUUCCGCCCUCCAGGAGGGGAUGGGAGCCCACAGUAGUGAUCCGUCACCCAUCACGGCACUCAUGAACGUGGCAGAUAACGUUGGCACGGCCACCCAGUCUCCAAAAGAUGCCCCGGGCAGCAGUGGUGCUCACUCCAAUGUAGGGCGCCAGAACAGCACCAGUCCCUCACCUGGAAGUCAACGUCGUCUGGCAUCACGCAACGGGGAACCCUCCGCCGGCAGCAGUAUGGGAGGGCUGGCCACGACUGUCACCAUGCCCCUCGCUAGCGGUGGUGACCAAGGUGCCGUUGCUAGCGGUGAAGCCUCAGGAGCCGGUGGUGGAGGUGGCGCUCCUCUAUGCUGUACCAUCUGUCAUGAGCGUCUAGAAGACACACACUUCGUCCAGUGUCCAUCAGUGCCUGGGCACAAAUUUUGUUUCCCAUGCACCCGGGACUUCAUUCGCAGACAGGGCUCUGGGAGUGAAGUGUACUGCCCCAGCGGGGAGAAGUGCCCACUUGUGGGCUCCAAUGUGCCAUGGGCAUUCAUGCAAGGAGAGAUCUCCACCAUCCUGGCAGGAGAUGUAAAGGUGAAGAAGGAAAGAGACCCAUAACGGCUCUCAGCAGAUGCAAACCUCAGAUGGAGCUUUGAUCCUGAGCCCUAAAGAUAGCAGACGUGACCGUGUGGCCCACAGCACUAUAGAGAUGAAUGUUGUCGGGCAGGCCCUCUUCCUCACAGAUUGUACCCACAUCCCUCUUUCCCCUCCGCUGUUCUUUUACCAAUUUUCUUUCUUUUCUGUUUUCCGUCUUCUACUGAGACGAAAGAGCAUACAACCAUUUUUCUCUUUAGAGAUGACCAUGUUUUAAGAGCCCACUGCACUUACUUUAGUCACUUACAUUUGUUGCCCCAGAUGCAUCUGCAGCACUUCCAGGUUCACGUAAAGUGUUGCAUUUACAAUGAAUGAUAUUCAAAAGCGCAUUUUAAAAACACAGUGGGGUGAACGGCUAUUUUCCAGAAUGUGUUAUCACCUGACAGACGUAGAUUGUACAGCGGGAAGCCUAUUCGGAAAGGCAGCGUCCUUUACAAUCACAAAAACUGUACCGCUCCAAGCUACAGACUUAUUCUUGUAUUCAUGUUGUUGUAUAUGCUGCAUAAAACUGUUAAAUAGUCCAGGAUUAUUACUAAGUGCUAAAAGCCCUUCCUUAAAAAUCGCUUCUUGAUCCAGCAUGUACAACAGAUACCUUUUAUGUUUUUUUUACUUUGUGUAGAUUGUACGAACGUAUCCCUUUCAAUGGUUAUAUAGAUGUGCAAUCUCUAGAUUUGAUACCGUAUUGCUUUAUGUACCACUAAGUCUUUGAAUGAAUAGAAAACCAAAGAUAGACAUGCUGAAAUGUUGUAUCAUAUGAUGCUAAACAUAUAUUUUUGUGGUAAACUGGUUUUGUGGCUUUCAUCAGAUAACAAGGACAUUAUGGGGAAUGUUUUACAUUGGGAACUAUAUUUAAACCUAUAUGGGUGGACACAAAAUAGAUUUUUAUUACAAGCAAGCAGAUCACUAUAUUUUGUAUUGUAACCCAUUGGCGAUGACUAGUUUAAUAUUAUGAAAACAGAGCUACUAAGUAUAUGGUCCAGUUUUUUUCAUCCGUUUUACAUGUCAAAGGCAUACAUUAUACCUUAUAAAAAUAAUUUUAAUGUGAGCAACAAAAAGAAAUAA